AUGAUGCUGUCAGUGGCCACGUCCGGAUGGCGCUGGCAAUCGCCGACACUGCGAUUCCGCCGACGCAUUUCGUCGAUCUCCGAUCCGAAUGUUCUGCCUCCGUUUAUCGUGCCUUGGAAAACCAGCGGACAGCGAGCUUCUCUACGGCCGCUGACGCUGCGUCGAUUCGUAAGUGGAUCGCCAGCGGAUGAUCCGGAUCCGAAAACGUGUCGACAGAGCGAGCUGGAAGUCAAGAUGGCUACAAAAAGAUUCAGAGCGAAGCUAAAAAAGGACUUGGAGACCGCAAAGGGCUUUGCACUGCACCAAGUCGUGAACGUGCCCAACGUUAUCACGGCUGCCAGGAUCCUAGCAACACCUUACCUAUCGUAUCUCAUUGUCCAGGGAGACCACACGUCAGCUAUUGGCGUGCUAGCUUUGGCUGGUGUCUCUGACUGGUUGGAUGGCUUUGUCGCAAGAACCUUCCACCAAGAGUCGAUCAUCGGCUCGUUCUUGGAUCCUUUUGCGGACAAAUUGCUGAUUGGCACGCUGUCUCUCAGUACGAUGUGGACGGGGCUGCUUCCGUUGCCUUUAGCUGCACUCAUGUUGGGUCGCGACGGGAUGUUGAUCGGAGGUACAUUUUACCACCGACUUAAGACGAAGAACGAGUCUUUGGGGUUCUUUGAUAUGUCAGACAGUGAAGCCUUCCAAGUUGAGCCAACCAUCCUGAGCAAGGUGAACACAGCUUUACAGUUUUCCACCUUCGGACUUGCUUUGACCAACGCGGCGUGGCAGAUGCCUCCCGAUCUCGCUCUGACUUUCCUCUUCGGCGUUACUGGUUCGACGACGUUUCUGUCAGGGUGUCAGUACUGGUACGGGUACAUGACAAAGACCGGUGCUUUGAGGCCUCUGUCCAAAACGCUUGCGCAGCCACUUCGCAAAGCGGUCGAACGCACAGGAGCAGUCAUAGCGCGCACAGAGGCAGUUGUCAAGCACACGAAGGAGGUAAUGAGGCGUCCACUGAAGAAGGCGAGUCAGCACAGCACGAAGGAGCAGCCAAAGAAAUAG